CCGCGAACGCGCCUUCUUUGUCACGUCGUCGUGCCCAAAAAAUUGUAAAAAAAAAAAAAAAUAAAGAAAAAACUGUUCUUCCGUGAAUCCUGAAAAUUGGAUAGCCACAAUUUUUAACGAGAUUCAUCUUUGCAGGAGUUUUUUUCAAGAGAUGCUAAGUUCAGUGGAUAAGUCUUCUGGGGAUUGGCAGCUGAAGAAGAUGAGAGUUCUCUGGGAGGUGGGAUGAUUCCAAAAAAUAGUCCAGUUGAAAUUAAUGGUCCAGAUGGAGAAUUGGAAAGGAUAACUAGAGGUGGAUGUCCAGCUGUCAGGGAAAUUGUGGAAAUGUCAGAGAAAUCGAUUUAUCAUGGAGAAGUCAGGGAACUCUUUUAAGUCAGGCUGAAGCGAAACUGAUGACAGCUAAAGAACUAGCUGUUCUGUCACUCUGAUGAAAAUAAGAGGAUCCGGAAUAAGUUUACUAACCGUGGGAAUGAGAAGUGAUUCGAUGGGCGACUACGGAGCGGCUGAGGUUCGAAAGCGUCGCGACGCCAGAUAUAACGUCCGCAAGGUGCUUCGACGCUACCCAAGAUGGGCACGCAAGACGCUCCAGGGCUGGCCAACGGCUCUUCCCACGCAGAGGGGCCCACGCCCGGCCACUGUGAACCAGGAAAACGUCCAAAACAUCGGGAGUCAUUCUGAAAGCAUAUACAUCAACAGAAGCAGUGGCACUCGGGUAAGAAGACGUUUUUGGUCGGCCCUGGGUAUGUUGGACCAAAUGUUGAGGGCGUCAAAUCUACAAAACUAUGCGGCGAUAUAUUCCCUUCCAAUUUUACAUUCUCUCCUCGUCCCUCUUUCCCCAAAUUGUGCAGUCUCCUAUUCUGGCCUCUUCCGUCUUCCAUCCUCUCGACAUCUCAAUCUUCAUUCCUCUCUUCUUCUUUUUUCGUCUACUCCCCCGACUUAGACUGGAUAUCUCAUAAUUCAGCAUACACCGCGCUGACCCGACCCACUGCCCAAAUCAGGACAUAAGGAAGAUUUCAUUUUGGAAGGGAGGAAAAUUGAUUUUUGGAAAUCUUUUUGAUGAAUUUGAUGCAGGUGGGUCAGUAAGAACUGCUUUUCGCUCUAGAAUCAGAAAAUCAUUUUAUUUUUUGCCAUAAUAAAUCGAACCAGUUUGACUUCAGUUCGUCAAAUUAAAAGUAGUUUCUUGAAGAAAGAAGCAUUCAAAUCAAAAUUUUGUGGAAGAGAUUAAGAAUGAAAAUCCUUUUACAGUUUUUGUUAUCUUCUUGAAGAAUCUUUUAACUGGGUGCAAAACUGGGUUGUUUUGCGAAUUAAAAGAAAAUUUAUCUGAAGUUUGAAACGCAUUAAGAACUCAAUUAAAUAGUGAUUAAUCCCACAUGAGGACCCAACUUGUUUUUUAUAUAUCUAGAAGAUAUUUUUAUUAUAAAAAAAAAGAUUGCAAUUUCGUAAAUAUUUUUGUAACAAUGGUAAAAAUAAAGAUUUUAAUUUUAUUGUAAAUUUUACUCUUUGGUCAACCUACUAAAUGAGUUUAAUAAUAAUUAGGUAGAGGAAUAAUAUUUAUUAUUUUUAAAGGUAUAGAAUCUAGAUUUAAUUUUUACUUUAGUUAAUGAAAUAAUUUGUGACGUAUUACGAUCUUUAUAACAUUUUCUGGAAUAAAAUUAUACAUUAUAAUUUUAUGUUUAGAAAUACAAUUUAAAAGAUUCCAAAGAAACUAAAAUUUAAGUUGAGAAGAUAAAAUAUUCAUGUAUCAGUUACGUAAAAUAGAAGUUAAAAUAAGAAUUGUACGCGGAACGUGUUUGGAAUUCAUAAAAUGGGUCAUGGCCACUGACAGUCUAUUUUUUGGGAGACGGAGAUUUUCUUUUGGCAAAGCUUUUAUAAACUACAAGCUGAAAAAAUUUACUAAAUAUAAAAAAUAAAAUGUCUGUCUGAAAUUAAUUUUUAUCACAAAAGUAUUUGGUGAAUUGCAAUAUAAACAUAUUUUUUGUUGCAUAUUUAAAUCCUUUUCUUACAAAGUUUUUAUGACGAGAUUUCGCAAAUAUUAUUCUAUUUAUACGUUCCUUGCUGAGAUUUAAAAAAA